UUGAGGUGGUACAUUUCCCAUGAUUCUCUGCAAGCACGCCUUUGUCUUUACAAAAUUUAAACCAUCGAUCAACUUUGCCCUCCUGUACAAAUCUCUAUUUCAUUGUAUUUCUAGCAUGGCGGCUAUGACUGGGACAAUUCAACCGCAGAUGAUGGCUCAAAGACCUCAACAGUUCAAUCAGGCUCAUUUUCAAGCGCGAUCAAAUGCCCCAUCUCAGGUUUCCAGAAUGGGUGGCCAUUCUUUUGCUAAUGCAGGUGGAACAUCACAGGUUGAUAGGAAACGACCUGACCCCAAAAGCAACAGACGUGUGUGAAAAAAAGAGAAAAGUUGGCGAUAAAGUAUUACCACAACGUGUUCAAGAACUUGUUCCAGAAUCUCAAGCAUACAUGGAUUUACUAGCAUUUGAACGUAAACUUGAUUCAACAAUAAUGAGAAAAAGACUUGAUAUUCAAGAAGCAUUAAAGAGACCAGUUAAGCAAAAACGAAAGCUGAGGGUUUUCUUAACCACUCAUUUCCACAAUGCUCGUCCUGACGCAGAAGACGAGGAUUCCGUCGUUCCAUCGUGGGAACUUCGUGUGGAAGGGAAGCUUAUGGAUGAUCAAGGAGUAAAACCCGAAGUUACAAAACAGAAAAGAAAGUUCUCGUCAUUUUUUCGUAGUUUGGUGAUAGAGCUAGAUAAAGAUCUUUACGGUCCUGACAAUCAUUUGGUUGAGUGGCAUAGAACGGACAAGACUCAAGAAACCGACGGUUUUCAAGUAAAACGGCCUGGAGAAGAUAAAGUCAAAUGUACUAUAAUGUUGUUGCUAGAUUACCAACCAGCUCAGUAUAAACUCGAUCCUCGUCUCGCAAGAUUACUGGGUAUUCACACCCAAACACGACCUGUUAUUAUAAAUGCGUUGUGGCAGUAUAUCAAGACCCAUAAUUUGCAAGAUCCAAACGAAAGGGAAUGCAUAAAUAAUGAUGGAUAUUUUCAACAGAUAUUUGAAUGUCCUCGAAUGAAAUUUAAUGAAAUACCACAACGUUUAAGCGCGUUGCUUUACCCACCAGAUCCAAUUGUGAUACGACAUCUUAUCAGGAAAGGAGAAAAGAAAACGACGUGUUAUGAUGUCGAUGUAGAAGUGGAUGAUUCAUUAAAGACUCAGAUGCAGUCUUUUCUUCUUUCCACUGCAAGUCAACAAGAAAUAACUAAUCUUGACAACAAGAUUCACGAAACUGUUGAAACAAUAAACCAAUUAAAAGUCAGUAGAGAGUUCUUUUUAGGAUUUGCGCAAGGUCCACAGGAGUUUAUUAACAAGUGGAUAACAUCGCAAAAUAGAGAUUUGAAGAUUAUGACAGAUGUUGCUGGCAAUCCUGAAGAAGAACGAAGAGCCGACUUUUAUUAUCUUCCUUGGUCCCAGGAAGCUGUGUGUCGUUACUUCUAUAGCAAGGUCCAACAGAAGAGAGCGGAGUUAGAACAAGCUCUUGGUAUACGAAAUACAUGACCAAAAAUGUUAACAUUAAUUAUACGUCUUUAAUUGCUACUUAAGUAAAAGUGAUUUUCUUCAAUAUGUGUUUUUUUGUUGUUUUAUGUCGUGUUUCAUGUAUGAAUAUUUUGUAAUAAGUUAAGGUGGUUUUUUUUUCUGGACUAAUUUGGUGUUCUUUGUUGCUGGGUUUUCAUUAAAACGGAAGUGGAAGAGA